AAGUUGAACCCGCCGCAUCAUUUCCCCCUCUUCCCCCCAAUCUCCUCCCCCCUCGGCUAUUGCGAUCAUCAGUCAUGGCCUCCUCAUCGGCUCCCUCCGCCAACAUUGGCGCAACCCCCCAGCCUGAGAAUUCUGCUGCUCCCACACAGAUUCCCGAAAAGGUUUCUGCGGAUGACCAGCAGAAGUCCGCCACGACAACUGCCCCGAACAAUGCCCCCUCAGCAGAGAACCCCGCGCAACAACAGCGCACGAACAACGAUGACGAUGACGAUGACGACGAAUCGGAAUUUGAUGAAUUAGAUGAGGUCCUCGACGACUUCAAACCAAAACCAGCCCCCGCCCCCGCUAAACCUGAUGCCGCGCAACCAUCUGCCCCCGAUGACUUCGAUGAGGAGGCCUUCCUCCGCCAACUCGAACAAGAUAUGGCGAACAUGUUGGGCGGUGGUGGCGGCGCCAGCAACGACGCUGCUGCGGCUGCGGCUGCGGCUGCGGCUGGCGCCACCGAUACCAACGACGGCGGCCUCGACAAAGACGCCGAGGCAUUCGCCAAGAUCCUCGAGGAAAGCGGAGUCUCACCAUCCGACUUUCUGAAACAGCUCGUCGGAGACGUCAUGAUGAAAGGCGACGACGAUAACAGCACUACGGCCGCCACCGCGGGCUCUUCAGCAGCACCAGCACCAGCAGCAGCAUCAUCAACGCCAUCAACAAGUGGCACCGCAGCACCUGAAACCUUCAAUGACACCAUCCAGCGCACAAUCGAACGGAUGAAAGAAUCCGGCGACAAAGCCACAGCGGCAGCCUCGGAGGACGACAUGUCGGAUGAUCUGGUAGCGCAACUCAUCAAGGCGAUCGAGGCGGGGGCAUCGUCAGGCGAAGGUGGUGACGAGGGGGAUCUGACGAAGAUGUUCAUGGGCAUGAUGGAGCAAUUGUCGAAUAAGGAGAUCUUGUACGAGCCGAUCAAGGAGCUUGAUACGAAGUUCGGGCCGUGGAUCAAGGAGAAUAAGGGCAAGGGGAAGGUGUCUGAUGAGGAUAUGGCGAGGUAUGAGAGGCAGGCUGGAGUGGUCAGGCAGAUUGUGAGUAAGUUCGAGGAGAAGGGGUAUUCGGAUGAGGAUCCGAAGUCCCCCUCUCCCCCAUUGCUAUUAUUUGUCGUGCUGUUCAGUACUAACGGGGGGUUUAGAUGCAAGCUGCGGGUAACCCGCCUGAUGAGCUGAUUUCUGCUCCUUGGAUGGAGGAUCUUAAGGGUCCGGGUGGUGGUGCUGGCGCGGGUGGUAUGCCUGAUUGUCCGCAGCAAUGAUGAGUACUAGUACUAGUAGAAUUCUAAUAUAUAUACACGCUUGGGCUGAGGGAUAGUAUUCCUGUUGACCCAGACUCAAUGUCUACUAUCGUACAGAACCUGUUUGAAAAACAGCUUCACCACCUAUGAUAGUACUUUCAAAUCCCGUAGUCUCCCAACCCUAGGGCUAAGACGCAUAGUCCAU